AUGUCCCUGGUAUCUGCGGAAAAGUCGAAUUUCCAAUUCAUACUUCGCCUUCUGAACACCAAUGUUGAUGGGAAGCAAAAAACUCUCUAUGCCCUUACAAAGAUCAAGGGAGUCGGACGCCGCUACUCGAAUCUCGUGUGCAAAAAAGCAGACGUAAAUCUUGAUAAGCGUGCUGGCGAACUCACUUCCGAAGAGCUCGAGCGAAUCGUCACCAUCAUCCAAAACCCGACCCAAUACAAGAUCCCCGCCUGGUUCCUCAAUCGUCAACGCGAUAUCGUCGAUGGUAAAGACUCUCAAAUCCUUGCCAACGGUGUCGACUCCAAGCUCCGUGAUGAUCUCGAACGCCUGAAGAAAAUCCGCGCUCAUCGUGGUCUUCGUCAUUAUUGGGGUCUCCGUGUUCGUGGACAACACUCAAAGACUACCGGUCGUCGUGGCCGUACUGUCGGUGUUUCCAAGAAGAAGGGUGGUUAA